AUGAUGUCGCCACCAACCGAGACUUGUGCUGCAUGUGCGAAACCUUUACCCAAAAGAGAAUAUCUACGUUGUUGUAAUUGUAAAGGAGUCUAUGACAUUGAAUGUUUAAAUAUACGUAGUAAACGCUUCUAUUCUUUUUAUUCGUUUAAUAAGGAGCGUAAAGAUAAUUGGAAAUGCCUUUCAUGUGUGAGCAAACUCCCGCGAACGAAUAAUUUGAAUACACCAGUGCGUACUGCUGAGUCUGAAAUUUCUAGUCCCCCGACUUUGGUUGUCUCACCAGAGAACUCGAAUGUGGCAGUCCGCGGCAAACCACCUACAAAAAAUACUCAGGACAAGAACAUUCAUGAAGAGGACAGCAUCAUCAUGGAGAAUAUUAUGUCAGAAUCGCUCGAUGAUACAGCUAUGGACUUCAAACUGCUUCUUGGUGAAAUGAAGGCAAUCCGUGCUGAGAUGCGCUUGUUCCGUAAUUCUAUGACAGAUCUUAUGACUGCCAUUAAGAUGCAAACCAGCCGCAUUGACUCCAUCGAAACCAGAAUAUCAGCCUUAGAAGACAAGUCAAAAGGCUUACAACGCUGUGAAGUUUCGACUUUGGAAGAGACAGUGUCACAGUUGAAGUCACAAAUAUUGGAACGUGACCAAGACUUACUCGCUAAUGAUAUCCAGAUAGCGGGAUUCCCUGAAACGAGUGGUGAAAAUACCACACAUAUUAUCUUGGCUAUUGCCAAGAAAUUAUGCGUGGACCUGGAUGAGCGCGAUGUGGUGUCUUCAGAGCGUACAGGUUUUAUACGUGAUAAUGGCGAGGGCUCUUCAGUUCCGCGGCCACGCCUUUUAGUCGUGCGAUUGGCGCGUCGUGCUCAGCGUGAUGCUCUAAUACAGGCGGCACGAGUACGACGCAAUAUCACACUUAUAACACAUAUAAUUAUCUUGUGA